AUGUUUCAGAGGGAGUGCGUGUCGCUGCACAUCGGGCAGGCGGGCGUGCAGAUCGGCAGCGCCUGCUGGGAGCUGUACUGCCUGGAGCACGGCAUACAGCCCAACGGCCGCAUUCCCUCGGACAAGGUGGCCGUCGACACCGAGUGCUACACCACCUUCUUCUCGCAGACCGAGGCGGGCAAGAUCGUGCCCCGCACCGUCAUGGUCGACCUCGAGCCCACAACCAUCGACGAGGUGCGCCAGGGCACGCACCGCGACCUGUACCACCCUCAGUCGCUGGUGGCGGGCAAGGAGGACGCGGCCAACAACUACGCGCGCGGCCACUACUCGGUGGGCCGCGAGAUGAUCGGCACGCUGCUCGACCGCGUCCGCAAGAUGGUGGACCUGUGCGAGAGCCUGCAGGGCUUCCUCGUCUUCCACUCGUUCGGCGGCGGCACCGGCUCCGGCUUCACCUCGCUCAUCAUGGACCGCCUCUGCCAGGAGUACUCCAAGAAGAGCAUGCUCGAGUUCGCCGUCUAUCCGGCCCCCCAGGUGUCGACGGCCGUGGUGGAGCCCUACAACGCGGUGCUGACGACGCACGCGUCCAUGGAUUUCUCGGACUGCGUGUUCAUGGUGGACAACGAGGCCAUCUACGAUAUCUGCCGGCGGUGCCUGGGCGUCGAGCAGCCGCGCUACUCGACGCUCAACCGCCUGGUGAGCCAGGUGGUGUCGUCCAUCACGGCGUCGCUGCGCUUCGACGGCGCGCUCAACGUCGACCUGACCGAGUUUCAGACCAACCUGGUGCCCUUCCCGCGCAUACACUUCCCGCUGGCGGCCUACGCGCCCGUUGUGUCGGCCGAGAAGGCCUACCACGAGGGUAUGUCCGUGGCCGAGAUCACGACCGCCUGCUUCGAGCCCUGCAACCAGAUGGUGAAGUGCGACCCGCGCGCGGGCAAGUACAUGGCCUGCUGCCUGCUAUACCGGGGCGACGUGGUGCCCAAGGACGUGAACGCCGCCAUAGCCGCCAUCAAGAACAAGCGCGGCAUCCGCUUCGUCGACUGGUGCCCCACGGGAUUCAAGGUAGGAAUAAACUGCCAGCCCCCAUCUGAGGUACCAGGUGGAGAUCUGGCUAAGGUAAAUCGUGCUGUGUCUAUGCUAAGCAACACCACAGCUAUCCAAGAAGCGUGGGAGAAGCUGGACCGUAAAUUUGACCUAAUGUUUGAGAAGCGUGCCUUUGUCCAUUGGUAUACUGGAGAGGGUAUGGAGGAGAUGGAGUUCAGUGAAGCUCGUGAAGAUCUGGGUGCCCUGGAGAAGGAUUAUGAAGAAAUAGCUGUAGACACAGAACCCUACUCCUCCAACAGUGAAUACUGA